AUGCUCUGCCCACGCAACUCACCAUCUAGCCUCCAUGGUGAGGUCACCGUGGUGGGCGGCAUUUGCGCUGGGACUCAGCGGUAUUGGCUGUCUUUUCGUCUGUGCUUGUGGACUACGUAUCUGGUGUCGAUUAUCUCGCACAGUUGGCUAGUCCAAAACGAUGAGCUGGGGUCGAUCGACUCCUGUCGGGGUUCUUGUGACAAUCCAGGCAGCUCCUCAUUCAGCGGAGGGGAGAUUGAGUUCUUUCAUCGGGCACCUGGUCCUGAAUGCAAAAUGACUUCGGUCCUUCCAGGAGGGGCAGCGAUCUUAUGCCGCUCAGCCAAUCCAUAG